AAAGAUUUAUAUUUAUGUAUUUUGUUUUGAUGUAUGGUGUAUGGUGAAAAAGAAAAUAAAAAAUUAAAAAAUAAAUAAAUCAGGAAGCCACAGUAAGAGAGGAUAUGGUAAAACAGAUUGGCUUCAGGCAAAAGAGUACAACAAGGCGGUGUACUCCCCCUUUAUUUAUUCAAUUUGUAUAAAGUGGAGUGGAGAAUAUGAGCAUGAUUUUAAAAUUGGAGGAAGAAAUAUCAAUAACAUGUUUAUGCCGAGGAUAAUUCCUGGAUAGCCUCAAAUGCAAAGGAUCCUCAAGCUCUAAUAAUAAAAGUCAAUGAGCAAAAUGAAAAAAUGGGACUAAAAUUAAAUAUAAAGAAGUCCAAACUAAUGACAGCCUUAGAUAUCAGAUAUCUGAAGAUAUCAAAGUGGUAGAUAGCUUCUGCCUUUUAGGAUCAACCAUCAACAGUAAUGGAACAGUCACAAAUACGCAUCAUCCUAGCAUGUGGUAAAGCAUCAAUGUAGGCCUUUAAAAAUUCAAAUGCUAUGGUGUCUCUGCACCUAUAAAGAUUACGCAAGCCAUGGUAUUCCCUGAUGGAAGCAAAAGUUGGACUUUGAAGAAUCAGGAUAGGAAGAGUAUUAAUGCUUUUGAAGUUUGGUAUUUGAGAAGACUCCUGAGAAUACUAUGGAGAGGCAAGAAAACUAAUUAGUGGAUCAUUGAACAAAUCAACCAAGCAUUUUUACUUGUAGCACAAAUGACCAGGCUCAAAUUAUCUUACUUUGGACACAUUAUGCAAAAGCAUAACUUCCUGGAGAAGGCUCUAAUGCUGGGAAAGGUGGAAGAAAAGAGAAGAUGACAGACAGUAAGAUGGAUGGACACAUUUGUUAUUUUAUUUUAUUUAUUAUAUUUUUUUUUAUUUUAUUUUUACUAUUUUAGAUUUGUUUAGAAAAAUUGUUGUCAAAUGUACAAAAUAUCUCAAAGAUAUUUAACAUAUUCCUAAAUCACAUGUUUAGAAGAAUGUUUUCAGUGUAAAAUUUAUAGUAAGAUCUUUCUAUGUACAUAUGUAGACCCAAGUUCUGCUUAAAUAAUGUGUUCAUAAUGUAAAAGAAAAAAACACUUCAAUUUCAAAACAGUUGUGUAACUGUUCUCUCUGGUUUUAUGUUUUCAUCUUAAAAUCUUGGCUUCAUACAAGUGUUUUCUCUUUAGGCAUUAUUCAAAUCACUGUACUCAAUUAGUUUUUGCACAGAAUGGAUUCAUUAUGAAAAGUUUGGAUUUUGACUGUCUUGUCUUGAAUGCAGUCAUAAUUUUAAUUACUUUUUAAAGUAUUACAAAUUAAAUAUUAAGUAUUGUCAGUUAUUCUAACAUUUCAUGAGAAGAUUUUAAGGAAGUGACUGAGCAAUUUUUCUGGUCUUCCGAGAAAUUCCAGCUAAGCUAAAGCAAUGACUUCCUUAAACUUGGUGCAAUAAUUAGUGGAUUCAGUUACCCUCACAUCAGUUAUAUUACUCAGAGCAUAACAGUACAAACACUUGAUUAUGGAACCACCCAUUGCAAAGUUACUCUGUUAUAUGUUAGUAAGCAAAUGAAUGAAUAAAGGGACCAUUGCGAUUUGGAGGAGCUGAUAUACAGGUUGUAAAUGUUGUUAAGACAAUUUUGAAUAUGAUAUUGUACUUAACACGCAUAAGUUAAAAAUAUUUUUGAUAAUUGAACUUUUAAAAAAGGAAAAUUUGCUAAAAAUGUAGAAAUACUGUUGAAUGUUGAAAAGAGGACUCAAGAGAAUCACUUGGCAAUUAUUUACCCAAGAGGAGGAGUCUGGUAGCAUUUUUUCAAAUGAACACAUUUUAUUAAAAAGUGUAUGUUUUUGUGAGUUAUAACUCACUUCCUGAUAUGUAGAUUUACUGUAUGAAAUGCUUAUGUGUCCGUUGAGUAGUUUUACUGUGAUAUUUAGACAAUAGCUUUAUUUAUUUAUUUAAUUUGAUAGAUCGAUUGAGAUGGGCUCAGUUUGAUGGUGGGAUGUAAGUUGUUGAGAUCAUAACGGAAUUUCAAUUUUCAGAGAGAUUCAUUUUCAUGGGUCCAAGAUUAUGAAAAUGACAUCAGCGAAUAUCAAGUAAAGGAGCAGUUUUAGGGGGUAAGAACUGAGAAAGCAUUCUGAGUAAGCUAUGAAGAUGUUGGAAAAUUGUGGAGCCAGGCAUGUGCACCUCAGUGAUGGUGCCACUGAUUUCUGAUGUAUGUUAUUACCAAAGUGGCAGUCAUUUUGGAUGAGUAGAAAGUGACAGGUCUAUUGGCAAGAUAUGUGUGUUGAUACGCUGCUACAAUGAUUUUCAUAGCUUGAAAUUAAUAUGUGGGAUGUUGGUGCCUCUGGGUGCCUCUGAGAUUGCCAAUGGAUCUCAGACUUCUUCAGAAGUGUGUUGUGUCUCUUGUUAGGAGUCUGAGGGAUACUUCCAUGAAGUGAUGCUGAUGGAAAACAAGAAGCAAAUAUGAUAUGACAGGGAUACAUGUUCAAAUUUAAACCUACUUUGUUAUGAAGCCAAAUUAAUUCUCCAUUCUUAUUGUAUUUGCAAAAUCUUUGCCAGCUAUACUAUUGAGAAUGUCCUUUAAGCGUAGGAUGGGCAGAAGAACAAAUUAGUGGAAAUUAUGAUCACUUGUCUAAGCACUUUAUGAAAAAAAUAACUCAUAUUUUUUGGGAAGCCAGAUGGACAGAAUCAGUUGAAAUGAUAGAGGCCCUUGGAUAUGUUUUGAGGUGCUGCAGGGCUUGAUCCUCUUCCCUAUCCUGUUUAGCAUCUGAAACUACUGAGAGAGGUUAUCCGUUACAUCAGGGUGAGAUAAAAGGGUGUGCUGGUGAAACCUAACUGUAUAUCUCUGUACCAAAUAAGAGAUGGAAUAGAUAUCCUAGAAGUAAUCAGUGUCUGAAUGGGCACACACUUUCUAUAUCUGUAGACACUGUACAUGGCAUGCAAAGGAAGUUUAAAAAUAAUGGUGUUUUUGAACACUGUUAAUUUAAACUAGUACAAAUGUAUCUGAGAGUUGGAAACUUAAGCUCCUAGAUGAAAAUCAUUAAAACAGGAAGGAGGAUGAGAAACAUUUUGCCAUAUAUUCUACUGAAAGAUCAUUGUGGAAUAUUGAUAGAGUACCACAGCCUUAUUUUUAAAAAUUGAGAUAAGAUGGCAAUUAGUCACAAACUAUUAACAAGCUACUUAUUAUAGCUGCCCAGUUUUGGUAAUUUUUUUUUAAUGGAAAGGGAUAAUUUUUAUGACUCUUCUCUUAUACACAUAGGUAUCCUCCCAGGCAAUCCAAUGCCUGGAUUGUCUUUUAGAAAGCUGUGCAUAGAAGCUAAAAAAAAAAAGAACUAAUAGAAUAUAUUCGAUGGCUAAAUGAAAGAAAAAUUAAGGUUAGGAUUACUAUCCAGAAAUGAAUCGUGUUAUUUGUAAGUCCAUAAAAAGUCUACUUCAUGUAGUUUGGCUAAAGUGGGGGUAUGUAGUUUGGCUAAAGUGGGGUAUGGUAAAGCUAUUUUUUGUAUCUUUUUGCUUACAGAUGCAUUUGAUUUGAGUCAUAUAAUAUCUAGAAUAUGUCCUUUAAAGUGUUUUUUUUUCUUAGUUUGGGGGAAAUUUACCAUUUCCUGGUUCAUCUUUUGGUCUUUAACACAGAAUAUAUGAGAGGGUAAACACCAUUGAAGUCUAGGCAUUUCUCAGUUGUAAGUAGAUCUUUUUGAAAACCUUCCUAGGCAGCAAAGAAUCAUGGGAAGUUCCAUUCCUUGCUACAACAGGUGUCUUUGUUCAAUCACCUUCUGCACACAUUAUCAACCCUUGCUGAGUCAGACUGAUAGAACUACAAAGGAGAAUACUUUCAUUUCUAGCAAGGAUUUUCAACCAGGAAGUUGAAGUCAGAAAAUGUUAUUUUAAAAAAUGCUUUUGUGAAAAGAUUCGCUACCCCAGUGACACAAUCUGAAGAAUCUAAGUGGAGGAUUUAGAUUUUAGAAUGACAGGCAAGAAUUCUACCCACUGAUGAUACAGAAGAAUUACUUUUUUACAAUAAUGGAUCAGAGCUGCCUUCAUUGGGAAGAAAACAACUUCUUUUGGAUUUACUUUUCUGUUGGAAGAUUAUUUUUUUAUACUUGAAGAAAACUUAAGGAAAGAUUGUUACCAUAUGGACAUAUGAACAGGUGUUUCAACUAUCUGUGGCCCACAGAGACCAAGAAAACUCCCAAAGGAAAAGCAACAUCCAGGAACUGUUCUCAUUGGCUAUGGUAGCUUCUUUUUCUUUUUCUUUUUCCUUUUCCUUUCCUUUUUUUUUUUUUUUUUUUUGUUUCUUCGGUGACACUCCCUGCCUAGUCCCUUCAGGUGGCUGCUGUGAAAAAAUCACACCGAGCUAAGCUGAACUGAGCUAAUUCUUUGUCCUGUUGCUGGUCACUGCUAACCAGAGUUUGCUGACAACAUGAUGGAAGAAAUUUCCGUCGUGAUGGCCUACGACUCUCAUGUCUUUAGCCAGCUGUAUGAUGAAGAUUUUCUAGCCAACUUGGUGGCAAUCAGCAAACCUAGACAUGUGGUGCCUACAAAGAAGCUAAAGAAAUAUGAGAGAGAAUAUCAAAUGAUGAGGGAGAAUCAGCUGCAGCAGGAAGACCCUUUGGAUCGAUACAAGUUUAUAUGUUUGUAGGUUAUACUUCUGGGAAACUGCAUGGGAUGCUGAAAAAGAAUGAGGGAUUCUCUACUACUGACAUGCAAAGGAGGCAAAGAAUUAUGUUUAGACAAAGUUAUGUGUGGUUCACUGCCUUAGACACAUUUUGGAAGGCAAAUGCUUCCAUAAUUGACUGGCUGCGCUGAAUUAAUGAUUUUUUCCUCUAUGGUGCAAAUACUCUUGAUGAUUUAGUAAUAUUUAUAACAUUCUUGAUCUGAUAGACCAGUGGUUCUCAACCUUUCUAAUGCCGCGAGCCCAUAAUACAGUUCCCCAUGCUGUGGUGACCCCCAACCACUUAUACAUCACCAGGUGCCAGGGGCGUGGCCAAAGAAAAGGGGAAAA